UACAGGAAGUGCCUGGCAGCUGCUGGUGGCGACAAUGAACGUACUAGUAACUUAGCGAAUAGAAAGUGUCUCCGUGUCAUAUUAGUAGUCAAAAAACGAAUGUUACCGAAAUGGAAAGAGCAGUCAGAUUCAUCAUUUUGUCGGUCAUUUUCUCUGUAUCGCAGAUAAACUGCCAAGAGGCAAUCUUGCACGUCUCAAAUGGAAGUACACAUAAGGAGUACUGUAUCGUCCACAAUCAUUCCUGGACCCCGCUGUCACAAACCCUCGAUGCUGCUUUGCAGUAUCCACUGGUGAAUAUGACCGGCACGGUGCUGUGUAACAACUCCGGGGUCAGUCCGGAUGUGGUGAAGGGCAAAGCGUUGGUGGUGAUGAGGGGGGACUGUGACUUCAGCCAGAAAGCUCUGGUUGCUCAGAGCCUCGGAGCUACAACUUUGCUCAUUGCCACCAACACAUUCUUGAUCACCCCAUCAGCCAACGACUCAGAGUACACACAGAUCCAUAUUCCUCUGGCUCUCAUGAGGUACAGGGACUUCCUUGAAGCACAGCCGGAGUUUGGUGAAGGGAUGCAGGUGAAGCUUUAUGCACCACCUCACCCAAAGAUUGAUGCGAGCAUUGCAGUCAUGCUGCUGAUUGCCAUUGUCACAGUCGCCUUGGGCGGCUUCUGGAGCGGGGCGUGUGAGAGAGAUCGGUUGAACGGUGAUGGAGGAGGGGGAGAGAGCAAAGCUGACAGCGGAGAGCUUUUCCUGUACUCUCCUCUCAAAGUGGUCAUCUUUGUCGCUCUGAUGUGUGUGAUGCUGGUCCUCAUGUACUUCUUCUACAACGUCCUCGUUUACGUCAUUAUUGCUAUCUUCUGCCUUGCGUCUGCCUCUGCACUGUUCAGCUGUCUAGAUGCGGUGAUGCAAAAGAUUGGUUGUGGCACGGGGAGCUUCUCCAUCCGAAGUUACAACUUCUCUGUGAGGUCUCUCAUACUGGCUGCUGUGUGUAUUAGCAUUGCUGUGGUCUGGGGCGUCUACAGGAAUGAAGACAGCUGGAUCUGGAUCUUGCAGGACCUCCUUGGCGUUGCUUUCUGCCUCAACUUCAUGAAGACCAUUUCCCUGUCCAACUUCAAGAUCUGUGUGAUUCUGCUGAGCCUCCUGCUUGUGUAUGACGUCUUCUUCGUUUUCAUUACUCCUUUCUUCACCAAGAAUGGAGUCAGCAUCAUGGUGCAGGUUGCCCUGGGCCCGGACGCAUCAGGAGAGAAGACGCAAGGUAACAUGGUGGAGGUCCCGGCUGAACCCCAGGCUCCCUCUGAGAAACUGCCAGUGGUCAUGCGUGUCCCACGGUUCUCAGCUUGGGCUCAGAACCUGUGUGGGAUGCAGUUCUCCAUCCUGGGCUACGGAGAUAUCAUUGUUCCAGGUCUCCUGGUGGCCUACUGCAGCAGAUUUGAUGUUUGGAUCAACAGCAGCAGGAAGAUCUACUUUGUCUGCUGCUGCAUAGCCUAUCUGCUGGGAAUGAUCGUGACGUUUGCUGUGAUGCUGCUGUCGGGGAUGGGCCAGCCCGCUCUACUCUACCUGGUGCCCUUCACCCUGAUCACCUCCGCCGUGGUGGCCGGGUGCAGGGGAGAGAUGAGGCAGUUCUGGGCAGGAACCACCUAUGAGGUGAGACGACCGGUCUUGGACUCAUCAAGGGAACCUUUGCUGCCAGAGGGAAGGACCGACUGCUCCGCGGAAGGACAAAUUUGCUGACUUAGAGGGUUGAGAAUGCACCCCACCGCUGGAUGCUUUCUUAAAAACAUUUUAAUAUUACAUUUGCAGAGCGAGAGAACACAUGCUAUUGAUCAACAGAUUCGUCAAACUCUACGUGUUUAUUUGUCUGCUGCAAAUGGCUAGAAGGUUAAUGAAUAUUGUGUUGGCUUUUUUAGUGCCUGAGAGGUUUGUUAGGCUCACGUUUCAGAAGACUGUGAUGACUUUGCCUUUUGUGAUGAUUGCAUACGACAAAAUGAGGAAGCACUUUAUAAUAUUCAGCUUGACAGUUGUUUCAUCAGGGGGGGGGUUUAAAUUCCUUGUAGCCACAAUAUGAUACAUUUUUGAUAACUGUUUUGGGGUUUCUGUGUAACCAGUUUGUAUGAUGUGAUUUCUUUUAUCGCCUUAUAAUAAAGUGAACUUAUAUUUAA